AUGUGUAGAUUAAUGUGUGUGUUUGUAUGUGCUUGUAUGCAUAUUCAUGUGACGAUGAGAUCCCCACUGUGUCAGUACUUCCUUGUGGCAGCCAUAUUGACUCUGCUUCUAUUCCUCAACUCACUGUGGCUACCUCAAGGAACAGUACAGGAUUGUGAAUCUUCAUGGUUCCCGUGUUUUAGUACUCCAAACAGCAAGAUACAUCCGGCAGUGGUUGCAGUACGUGAAGUCAGGAUCCACUCUGAUAACAUAAUUAUUCGGAGCGAUGGCAUUAACCCUAAACGUGUCAUUAUACCUGAUUGUCCUGGACAGCAUUUCCAGGUGUCCCGCCUCCUGCAGUAUUUAGACACUGCCCUUGGCCCCGCCUCUGAUGUGCUGUUGGAACCUUACCUGCUCUGCUGGGAGGAGCUAAUUAAGUUUAUGGAGGCUCUCGGUCCUCUGGUUGGUUUUUUCACCUACAAAGUUCAGGAGAAGAUCACUCUAAUUCGCCAGCUGGCUGAGGAUGAUUCUGGGAAGCACAAACUACUGACUUUGGCCCCCACAAACUCCCCACUUCUAACCAACAAUCCCUACAGCCACACCUACCAUUCUGUGCGCGCCAUGUUGGAUACAGAGCUUCAGUUGGGUGUGGUCAGCUUUGACAGACAAACGCCAUCAGGCAGUCGCACUUUGCUCCGCCUCCAUCGAUCAUUGCUCUGGUUGCAGCUGUUGCUGAUGAAGCUGUGGCCGGAGUCUGGCCAUGUGAGGCGAAGUCUGGGGGAGGUGUGUGAAGAAGCAUACAAUGAGGCGUUAGCACCAUAUCACCCAUGGCUACUACAGAGUGCUGCACGACUCGCUUUUCAGGCCAUGCCUGAAUACACUGUACUGUUCAGCAUGGUGUGUGUGAACACGCACGAGGAGGCAGAACCAAUCAUUCGCACCAUCAUCAUGGCGAUCAGUGAGGUGCGCCGCAGAACGCACAGUGAGCUGGAGAAAAGAAACAUGCUGUACUUACCUUAAAGGAAUCAAAAAUGUCAAAGAUGACAGGUACACAUCCAUG